AUGGACGUCGCCACCGCGAGGCCAAAAACCGCUCGUGAAGGCUUCUCAGUAAUCUGCGACGAUGACUUGUCGGUCAUCAGCCCCAGACCGUCGACGAGCAGCCCCCGCAGUCUUUUCGGUGGAAAGGGCAUUGAUGCGGAAAUUGUUUCGUGCGUGCCGUCGAGCUACGACUCGGAUCGAAGCUUGUCGCCGCAACUUCCGGUCCACAACUUUCCGCUUGCUCCUUCCCCAGCUACUCUGUAUUCAGAUCAGAAACUUCCAGAGGAGGUCAUCAGUAAUUUACGAGAGCUACGGAGACAAGGGACGAUGUGUGAUUUUGAGAUUGAGAUUGACGGAACAGUCCUCCAAGCCCAUCGUAUUGUUCUCGCAGCGGCAAGUCCGUAUUUCCAUGGAAUGUUCACCUACGAUUCUUUGGAAGCCCAGACGGGCCGUGUUAUGAUGAGCGACGUCACCCCUCUAGCCAUGAGACUCCUUAUCGACUACAUCUACAGCACCGAAAUCAGCAUCAACAGCGAAAACGUACAACAACUCCUUUUUGCAGCUACCGUACUCCAGUUGGAUCGGGUGUGCUCGGCUUGCCAAGAAUUCUUGACGAAAUGCCUGACCACCUCGAAUUGUUUGACGAUGAGAAAGUUUGCCGAGCACUUCAGUUGCAGAACAUUAAUCACAAAUACAGAUGAUUUUGCUGCGGAGAAUUUUCGGGAACUCCGGCAUCUUCCCGAAUUCCAAACAAUCACCACAUUUUGCCAAUUACAUUCCAUCAUUCGACGGGAUGAUUUAAUGGUAAAUAGUGAAGAAGAGGUCUACGAAACCGUGAUCGAUUGGGUGAAAGUGGACCCGGAAGCGCGGGCCAAGGAUUUGCCGAGGCUUCUGCAAUCCGUAUCCCUUUCCGAGUUGCCGUGCGGCUAUUUGCUAAAUAUUGUCAAGGAAGAGCCGUUGAUAAAAAAAAACCCUGUUUGCCAAGAACUGCUCUCGGAUGCUAUCGUCUACCAUUUGCGUGGUUUUGUAAAUAAUGAGACCGAAGCAAAAAGUGUCGAAGGCUGCCAAGCCUGGGAAUAUUAUCCAGAAGUGAGGCACCCGAUGGAAAGAUGUCGGCCUCGCAAGAAUUUGGCAGGGGUUAUUUUCUGCGUCGGGGGAAGAGGAACCGCCGGGGAUCCUUUCAAAUCCGUCGAAGCAUACGAUUUGCGUAGAGACCGAUGGUUUGCGGUUCCCGAGAUGAAAUCACAGCGUCGUCAUGUCGGUGUGGUGUCUGCGCAAGGAAAAUUGUAUGCAAUCGGUGGGCAUGACGGGGAGGACCAUUUGAAUACGGCGGAAUGCUUCGACCCGGCCACAAAUCAGUGGACCAAGGUGGCACCAAUGAGCACGGCUCGUCGCGGUAUUGCGGUCGGCUCUAUGAGCGGAGUGAUCUAUGCUGUUGGAGGGCUGGACGAUAGUACGUGUUUUAAUGUUGUCGAGCGGUACGACGUCGAGUCGAAUGCGUGGACAACGGUGAGCCCGAUGUUCAUCAGAAGGGGAGGGGUUGCGGUGGCGACGCUAGGAAAAUGCCUGUACGCUGUCGGAGGGAAUGACGGCACAGCUUCACUAGAUUCAUGUGAAGCAUAUAAUCCGCUGGUCGAUCGAUGGCAAAUGGUUGCGCCGAUGCUUUUUAGGAGAGCCGGCGCCGGUGUCUGUGUCCUCAACGGGUAUUUAUACGCAAUCGGCGGCUUCGAUGACAACGCUCCGCUCGAUACAGUGGAAAGAUACGAGCCGGAAACGAAAAGCUGGAAGCAAUUGGCGCCGAUGAGCUGCCCGAGAGGUGGUGUUGGAGUGGCAGCGAUGGCUGGGCUCGUCUAUGCUAUUGGAGGUCAUGAUGGGCAAAACUACCUCGACUCGGUGGAAGCUUAUAAUCCAGCGCUCGACCAGUGGACACGGGUUUCUGGAAUUCGGGAGUGUCGUGCGGGUGCUGGGGUCGGAUGGGCCGACUGUCGGGUUGAACUCCUCCAACAACCCCGAAACGUCACCGAGGGCACCGGAAGCACAGGACGCGACUUG